AUGACCAAUUUAAUGUAUCUGAUUCUGGCAUUUGCCACUAUGAUUUUGGCAGAUACCCUCGACGUCGAUGUCGCCAUUGUCGGGGCAGGGCUAUCAGGCCUUGCCACUGCACACCAAAUUGCCGCAGCUGGAAAGACUUUUAUCAUCUUGGAAGCCCGUGAUCGUGUCGGGGGACGUAUUCUGGACGCAGAAAUACCUUAUGGGGGUAUUGCCGAACUAGGAGCCGAAUUUGUUGGCCCAACUCAAGAUCGCGUCCUCGCGUGGGCUGCAGAUUUGGGACUCACCACAUAUGAGGCAUAUACGACUGGCAACAGCACCCUCUACUAUAAAGGAAACGCCACUCCAUAUCACUAUGACACCUCGUCUGGUGGGGUGCCGCCCUUUGAGGCCGACGUGCUCUCAGAGCUACUCGGUGUCCUGGGGGAACUCGACACGCUCGCCGCUGGAAUUGAUAUUAUGGCACCCUGGAAUCACCCAAAUGCCACAUAUCUCGACAGCAUGACGUUGGAAACCUUUGUUCAGGACAAGACUACGGUGAACGGCUCACGCCCGAUAAUUAGCACCGCUAUGGGAAGCAUCUUCUCUACCGAACUUAACGAGAUAUCGACGCUUUAUGCUGCGACAUACAUUGCAGCCGCAGGUAAUGAAACGACGCCCGGUACUGUCGAGAGACUGAUGGGUACCAGGGGAGGAGCUCAGGACAGUCGCGUCAAUGGAGGCAUGGAGCUCAUCCCCAUCAAGAUGGCCCAAAAGCUUGGCUUGGAAAACAUUCUCCUCUCAAACCCCGUGCGUAAAGUCGUUGCAAAUGACCAAGGCUAUACUUUGCAGACUGAAUCCACGCAAGUCAAGGCAAAGCACGUUGUCCUCGCCAUGUCACCCCCUCUUGCAUCGCGGAUUGUCUACGAUCCCCCGCUACCCGCUGGCCGCGAUCAGCUUACUCAACGCAUGCCAAUGGGCGCAGUGGGCAAGGCCAUCGCAGUAUACCCGAAUCCAUGGUGGCGGAGCCUCGGGCUGAACGGCGGAGUGGUCAGUGAUAGCGGAGUCAUUCGCGUCACAUUUGACAACUCCCCGGCCAACGCCAGCUUUGGCGCCAUCAUGGGCUUCAUUGAAGCUGAUGAGAUGCGCGCACUUGAUGGCGCGACCGUGUCCGAGAUUCAGAGCCUAGUUGCCCAGGAUCUGGUUCGAUACCUUGGGCCUAGGGCGGCAGAAAUGACCGGCUUUUAUCUACAGAGAUGGGAUCUCGAGGAGUUUUCUCGUGGAGGCCCAGUUGCCAAUGCUGGCCCCGGACUGUUAACCCAGUUAGGACCCUUUCUUAGGGCUCCUGCUGGCAAGAUUCAUUUCGCUGGGACGGAGACAGCGCCUUAUUGGAUUGGAUAUAUGGACGGGGCUAUUCGAGCAGGAGAGCGGGUGGCCGCUGAAAUUCUAGCUGACUUUUGA